AUGUCAUCAACGGCAACCUGUAGAGUUUUACCGCGGCGGGUGUUGUUGUUGUCGUUCGACGCGACAGCGCCCCCCUCUGGCCGGAGGCCGCAGUUAUUUCUGGGGCUUACCGUUGCUGCCACAGAGCAAAAUGAGACAGAAAAAAUGGCGGACCUCGGGAAAAUAUGUCCCGAGUCUUUGCCCCGUCUCGUCAACUGUUCGCGAAAAACGUCAUUCCGGGGGGAGCUUUUCAUCCUCCUCUGCGCACUGAUCGUGGACUCCGGAGGGGCCACGACCCACUGGGUCGUCACGGAGGACGGGAAGCUCCAGCAGCAAGUCGACUCGCCUUUAAAUCUGAAGCAUCCGCACGACGUCGUGAUCUUCAUGAGGCAAGAGGCUCGGGUCGACUACCUCAAGAAGCUGGAGAAGCAGCUGGUGGAGCAGAAGAUCCACAUCGAGGAGAACGAGGACCGGGACACGGGGCUGGAGCAGAGGCACUACAAGGAGGACGCGGACUGCGUCAUGGCCAAGGUGCCCCUGGGAGACCUGGACCUGUACGACGGCACCUACGUUUCCCUGGAGAGCAAAGACAUCGGCCCCGAAGACUACGUGGAUCCCCGGUCCGCUCUGCCCCCAGAUCUAGAAAAGCCCGACUGUGCAAAAGUGUUUGAACUACAUUAUAGCAUCCACGCUUUCCAGCAUCUCAGGGGCGUGCAGGAGAGGGCGAACUUGACCUCCCCGCUGCUCUCCAAGGAGGACCCCAUCUUCAGCUCGCUGUCCCACCGUCUGGGCCGCAGCGUGGACGACGUGGGCCACCGCAUCCACCAGGAGCUGCUGAGGAACUCGUCGUCCUGGGUGCUGUACAACAUGGCGUCGUUCUACUGGCGCAUGAAGAACGAGCCUCAGAGGGCCGUCGACUGCGUGGUGCGCGCGCUGCACUUCUCCCCGAGGCAGCACAAGGACGUGGCCCUGGUCAACAUGGCCAACAUUCUGCACCGCGCCCACUUCUCCGCGGACGCCGCCAUCCUCGCCCACGCCGCCAUGGACCUGACGUCGGACCUCUUCACCAGCCACUACACGCUGGGCAACAUCUACGCCAUGCUCGGGGAGUACAACCACUCGGUGCUGUGCUACGAGCAGGCGCUGCAGGCCCAGCCGGGCUUCGAGCAGGCCCUGAGGAGGAAGCACUCUGUGCUGUGUCAGCAGAAGCUGGAGCAGCGGCUGGAGGCCCAGCACAGGUCGCUGCAGCGGACGCUGAACGAACUGAAGGAGUACCAGAAGCAGCACGACCACUACCUCCGCCAGCAGGAGGCGCUGGACAAGCACAAGCUGCUGCAGGAGGAGCAGAUCCUGAGCAACAUCAUCCACGAGACGCAGAUGGCCAAGGAAGCCCAGCUGGGGAACCACCAGAUGUGUCGGCUGGGUCAGCAGCAGCGCAGCCUCUACUGCCCCUUCGACCUGCCCGUGCGCUACCACCGCGGCGACCUGUUCGAGCACGUCCACUUCGUCCAGUUCGGCGAGGAGGUGUCGGUGGCGUCCAGCGUGGCGCUCGCCUCGGAGCGCAACGCCAACCAGACGGCAGCCAGCCGCCAGCUCCACCCCUCGGUGUCCGGGGACCAGGACCCCGCCGCGGCCCUCUGGGGCAGCCGGCAGGAUUACACACAGGACACCCAGAAGAAGUUGUGGCCUCAGAGGACGGACUGCGCCCACGAGUACCCGAGCAUCCCCCCCGCCCACCUGCUGCCCACCUACUAUCUCCCCCCCGAGACGCAGGGCCUCGGCCCGGUGGCGGCGCUCCUCUACGGGAGCAGCCGGCCUCCGGCGGCGACGGCGCUGCCCGACUGCGGCGCCGUCCCGCAGCCGUACCCCGCCCUGCUGCCCGCCUCGCUGGACUGGCCUCUGGAGGAGAAGACGCUGCCCGACCCCUCUGCCGCCCAGGUUCUGCGGCUGCGUAGCGGCGGUUGGACUUUGGAUCAGAGCGGCUCCAGAAUCUCUGAAGCUCUGAACCAGGCCGCCGCCGCCGCGCCGCGCUGGCAGCUCCACGGCGAGGCGGCCCUCUACUGGCGGGCCGCGGGCAACGCCAGCCGCGCCCUGCGCUGCCUGCGCCUCGCGCUCGCCGCGGCGCCGCCCGCCCGCCGCCACCUGGCGCUCACCAACGCCGCCAACCUGCUGCUGCACCACGGCCUGACCGCCCACGCGCAGGCGCUGCUGGAGCACGCGCUCGCCGUCAACGCCUCGGAGCCCCACACCCUGCUCAGCCUGGUGAGCGUGCAGCUGGCCCGGGGCAACGCCACCGGCGCCUUGGCGCUGUUCCGCAGCGUGCUGGCGGCGGCGCGCUCCUCUUCCUCGGCCUUCGCGUCCUUCGUCGGCUGCGAUCAGUGUCGCAACAGCCUGCCGCUGCUGCGCUGCCUGCAGUUCUACCCGUUCCUCUACAACCUCUCGCAGCGGCAGCCCUGCUCCCCCGGCGCCGCCUGCACGGCCGAGAAGGAGCUCGCCGUCCAGCUGGAGGAGUGGGAGGGCGGCGAAGAGAAGCCGGACGCGCCCGCCGUGGAGGACGCGCUGCUCUUUGAGAGUGAGAACGCCGUCGAUGACAUCACUCGGCCAUCGCGCGAAGAAACCCGUCUAACUUCCCCCUCGCCGUCCCGUCCAGAAGUCAUCCUGGACAGCAACGGGUCGGGCGAGGCGGCCGGGCAGCAGCGGGCGCCUCCCUCCGCCUCGGGAGCCGCUCACAUGCCCACGCCGUUCGGCGGUGGCGGCGUGGAAGGCGAGGAGGAGUGGCAGCUGAAGGAGGACCUGAUGGGCGCUUUCGAGGGCGCGCUGGACGUCGGCGGCAAGCGCGGCGACCUGCGCGGCAUCCGGGUGCUGAAGAACGACCGCGUCAUGGGCGCCCGCGGCGGCGGCGGGCCGUGCUUCGGGAACUGCGAAGACGACGAGGGCGCCGAGUGGAUCACCUUCCAGGUGAAGCGGGUGAGGAAGACGAAGGUGGACGGCGCGGAGGGCGCCGCGAUCGCCGACGACGGCCACGGCGGGGAGCCGCCGCCCGGAGGUCACUCCGUGUUGGAGAUCAGCGGGCCGACCAUCCCGGCGCCCGGCCCGGCGGGCCGCUGGAGGGAUUACACCAACCUCGGCUGGCCGGGGCCGGAGGAGUGCCAGCGGACACGGAGGGUCGACCUCACCACCGUGGCGAGCACCUGGUUGGCCGUUUCCGCCAAGAACAUCGACAUCACUGAGCACAUCGACUUCGCCACUCCGCUCCAGGAGCCGGCCGCCGAACCGUUAUGCAACGCCAACAUGGCCGCCAGCAUGCACACCCUGGACCACCUGGCCGGGGUGGCCAACCGCGCCGCCAUCCACUACACCGGGGAGAGCCAGCUGCGCGAGGUCCUGCAGAACCUCGGCAAAGACAAAUUCUCUCCUCAGUCCUUCGAGCAGGUGGGAACGCGCAUCGCCAAAGUUCUGGAGAAGAAUCAGACGUCGUGGGUUUUAUCCAGCAUGGCCGCCCUGUACUGGAGGGUCAAAGGUCAAGGCAAGAGGGCCAUCGACUGCCUGCGCCAGGCCCUGAACUCCGCCCCCCACCACAUGAAGGACGUGCCCCUCAUCAGCCUGGCCAACAUCUUCCAGAAUGCCCGUCUGUGGGAGGACGCGCUCACGGUGGCCCGCAUGGCGGUGGAGAUCGCGCCGCACUUCGUAGUCAACCACUUCACCCUCGCCAACGUCUACAUCGCCAUGGAGGAGUUUGAGAAAGCCAUGCGCUGGUACGAGUCCACCCUGAAGCUGCAGCCGGAGUUCGCCCCGGCCAAAGACCGGCUGAGGACCAUCCAGUGCUACCUGCUCACCAAGAGGGAACGCCGGCAGCCCUGAGCCUCAGGAGGGACCCCCCCCCCCCACACACACACACACACACACACCGGACAACGAACACUCGGACAGACACACACUCAUCCCGCAGGAAAUAAGUGCUGGUUGCAGGUGAGGCGUAGAAUCUGGGUUCUAACCCCCCAAAAGUACAACUGUAGAUAGUUUUUUGCCCAACACAACUUAUAAUAAUUGAAGUGCAGGACCUCUUGUUAUCUCACAAGCAAGAAGUUUUAGGAUCGCCAGACUAUUAUUAUUUGGAUUUUUUUAGGUUCCACUCAGUGGAAGAAAGGGGUUAAAAAAAGAAAGAAGUGAAUGCGGUUCUUAAAUUCCAGUCAUUCUUCUGCAAUAUUAAUUUUUGUAUUUCAAUUUAUGCUAAUUUUUGGAAACAACGGCUCACUUGGUCGUUCCUGAAGACGUUUUGUCAUUUUUUUGUUGGGGGGGAUUAUUGUGCAGGUGGUGUAAUGACACACCGCGGCCUGUAGGUGGCGCCAUGUUUUAGGUUGAUGAUAUCUAAUGUCUUCUACUCCGAGGUUAAAGGAGUUCAAACUGAACCGGUGGCCCCCUCAUGCUUCUGCUUCAUAAAGCGGAAUUAUCAAUUUUUGCACUUUUAUUUUGUCGUUUUUUUGUUCUAUAUCAUUCCUAUUUAUACGGGACCGACAAACCUUUUGAUUUUUGUUCCAAAGUAAUUUAAAUAGGAAAAAAAGAGAAGAAACUAUGACGUGCUAUUUACAUUUGCUGCUUAACUUAUGGAAAUUCAUAAGACGGAAAAAAAGGUUUUGCCAUUGACCAUCUAUAAUAAUAAUGAAUGAAAACAGUCUGUAUUGAUGUACAGUAUUAAAGGUGCGUGGCCUCGUCA